UGUACAUGACUAAUUUCAUUGCCGUGUUUUAAAAUCGGUAUUUUGUCACGAUCUAAGGUCACACUCAUGUGAAUGGUCUGCUAUUUGAUAUUUUCAACGUUUUUUGUAACUGCCUGUUUAAUGCUGGAUUAUUUUUUGAAUCUGUAGGAUAAGAAAUGGAAUGUUUACCUUUUGAGCAGUGAAAGUGUCUUCGGUUUAUCGACAAGGUGUGGCAGGUGUUUUCUCAGAUACCUCAUCCAUCCAACUCUAGAAAUUUACAAUCCAGAAACAUGCAGGAUAACGUACUGCCUCUCUUCUUACUUAUCACACAGGUUUACAACAUCUAUGGGGCCAACUCUACUGUAAACAUCACUCUAGCAGAGUCAAGUAUAAACCUUACGUGGCCCGAGCCCGAUCUCAACACCUCAUACGACCUACGAUACUCUGUAUCCACCGACCCCACAACUGUACAAACCGGAACGGUUGUGUUGCCCAAUAACAAUGAGACGGCGGUUGAGCACGAGAUUUCCGGGCUCUACCCGGGACAAACAUAUUUUGUUGAGAUUGAGAGAAAUGGGACAUCGAUCUUCAGGAAAAACAUCACCACAAUCCCACUUCCUGUAUCCGAUAUCCAAGUUUCCAUGGUAACCUCAACAACAGCAAUGUUUACCUGGUUGCCUAGCAAUGCCAGUAUCCAGGACUCAUACCAGGUGGUGUUGUCUGGUAACCUUGGCCUUCCUGUGCUGGUGACAUCUCCCAUGGCAACGGUGGAUGGGCUGGUUUCCAGCACUACAUACACAGUGACAGUGUUUGCUCUGAGUCACCAGAAAAUGAGCAAGGCAUCAGAACCAUUCACUAUGAACACAGCCCCAGCAUCCCCUGAGAGUGUGAAUGCGGUUGCCAUGGAUACACAGACCCUUAAUAUCUCCUGGACCCCGGACUCCAACUCAACACAGGAUGACUACAUAGUGAGUUACACAUACAAUGUGACAUCCAUCUAUAAUGAGAUGACUGUAAAUGUGUCCUGCCCCACUGCCCUUGACCUCUACUGCGAGAUCGCGAUGCCGGGUGUCCCGGGUCAGGUGUACGAAAUCAGGGUCUACAGCAAGCUUGGGACUGCCGUCAGCUCUCCUCAAUCUACUCUACACUCUACAGCUCCCCUACCAGUGUCAAGUCUCACGGAAGCUGAGAGCAACAGCACCGCCAUCUUGCUUAAGUGGUCGCUAGCCAACAACGACAACCCAUUCAUCACCAGCUUCCUCAUCAGGGUAACGGGAGAGAAUGGCGCCUUUGAGCAGAGCGUCAGUCCCCUGCAGAUGCAGAUUUCACUCACCGGGCUCAACGUGGGAACCAAAUACAACGUGUCCAUCUACACAUCAACUGGCUAUGAAGUUAGCCAGCCACUUACACAAACAUUCUACACAUACCCCGCCCCUGUGUCUAGCCUGACCUACGACUCUGCGACUGAUGCAACCAACUCUACCAUCACCGUACAUUGGAGUAUAGCCAGCAACGCCACCUUUGACUAUUACUUUCUUACUAUCAAGUCAUCUGGCACCACCGACAAUUUCAACGAGUCUUUGAAACUUAUCUCAGGAAAUUCAAGUUACACCUUUACUGAGCUAACAGCAGGAGCUGCCUAUAUUGUUACCAUAGCAACAGAGCUGGGGUCAAAAAGUAGUGACGCAUUGUCAGAUACUUAUAGAACAGUUCCCAACAAGCCGUCUGACGCUAUACUGGAUGUUGUCAGUGGAACAGAGGUGAAGGUCACGUGGCAAGCACCUGCUGGACUGGUUGACCAUUAUAUCCUGACCUUGACCACACCCACUGGGCCAAAAAUAGUAACAGAGACUGGUACCAGUUUUACCUUUGUGGAUCUACAGCCAGGCACCGAAUAUGCAUUAAAAAUGGAGUCCCAGUCUGGAUCACUCAACAGUGAAGCAGUUGACUUAACUUUCAUAACAAAUCCAUCGGCUGUGGAGAACCUGAGGACGACCCUCGUUGACAGUUACCACAUAUACUUUGCCUGGGACCCGCCGGUAAAUGCCACCUUCGACACGUACCUAGUUACCAUAGAAAUCAAUCGUGCAGACACGCAGGAAGUCUCACUGAACAGUUCUGUGACGAGCUACAAGUUGGAUGAUCUUGCCCCAGGCACGCUGUUCACAAUCUCCGUGGUAACCGUGUCAUCCAAUAUUACUAGUGACCGACUAACGAUCAAUGUUGUCACAAGCCCAUUGUCUGUUAUGGACCUGUCAGCAGAGGAUUGGGGUACCGGCUUGAGGGUCAACUGGAGUCUACAGAAUGUGACAGGAUCUCAGUCUGGAUUCCUGGUGACCUACCGGGAGUUUCCGAUUGGCAAGUCGUCAUACCUUCCCCCGAUAUCAGCGAUCCAAGACGAGCUGCAGUAUACAGUGGAAAUUCCCAAUCUGCUCGCUGGCGGGACGUACAAUGUGGUUGUUCAGGUGUGGCAGAAUGUGUCUGGAGUCACAGCGGGGUCGGCAAUUCAGCAAAUUAACGCCACGACACAACCCAAGCCUGUGGAAAACCUUACAGUAAGCAUAGAAGACACAACCUCCAUUCGGCUAGACUGGAGCCAAGCAGCUAACAGCAUACAUGACUAUUACCUGGUCAGACACAGAACCAGUCUACGGGAGCCAAGCGCAUUGUGGGUGUUAAACUCCACCUACAUUCCCGACCUGGCGUUGGCGGGCUUGUUUCCUGGUGAGAGAUAUGAGCUGGAGGUUUUUGCGGUCAGCGGAAAUGUCAAUAGUGAAGUGCAGACGGACAGUAUUGUUUUACCACCCCUGUCUCCCCCAAGCCUCAGUUUGAUAACCAAUGAAACGACAGCAUCCUCGGUAAAAAUCCAGUGGCUGUACAACCGCAGUGCCACCUACGUGGAACAAUGGCAGAUCAGUUACCAUGACGACGUAGGAAAUGACCAACGAGACAUGGUACCCAGCCCGGCCACUGCCAGCAUUGUCGAGCACACUGUGGUCGGUCUGCUUGCUGGGUUCAAGUACAAUAUGUCUGUUCGCAGUGUGGUUCAAGGCGUGUACUCUAGCGAUGUACAUGUGAUCGCUAUCACCAAACCAGUGAACAAUGUGAACUUGUUCUUCCAUGAUGCAGAAAAAACUUCAUUCACCAUCAUCUACAGCUUUGAAAACAUAGACAACUUUGACGAAAUAGUGUUCACUUUGACUGAAACAAGGGAGGUAAUCAUCAGGACAAAGGCUGAUGAAGGAAGGAGACUAGAGUUCUCUAACCUGACAGCAGGAGAGCUCUUCACAGUGGAGGUGUAUACAGUCAGUGGAGAAGUGGAGAGCGAAAUAAAGACCAUGCAGGCUCAAACAUUGCCAAAUAAUGUGACCAUGACAGUGACAUCAAAAUCAGCCACAGAUAUUUCACUGAACCUUAUUAGACCUGAAGGCGGUGUUGACAAGUACGAAGUUAAGUGUUACCACGGAACUGUGCCUGUGAAGGCUGUUACCAUAGAUACCAUUGAAGCAGUGGUUGUCUUUGAGAUUGACCAGCUAACCCCAUUCACAGAGUACCAGUGUAUCACAAACACGUGGUUUGGCACCUACAGUGUGCCUUCUUUCAUCGCUGUUGUCACUCUACAAGCUGCCCCAUCAGUUGUGCAAGAUGUGGUUGCCAUGGAAACAGCCCCAACUGAGGUCAAGCUGAACUGGAAAAUCCCACAGAGUCAGAACGGUUACAUACAACUAUACAUCAUCACCUUUAGGGGAGAAAAAGAGGGUGAUGUUGUGAGCGGUUCCCUGAAUGUGACGGCUUCUACCACUUCCCAGGUGUUUAAGAACUUCAAAGCUGGGUACCGGUACACAUUUGAGGUUCAAGGUUUUACCAUAGCAGCAGGUCCUGCUGGCAUUGCUGUGAUCAACAUGAAGACAUACAAGCCACCAUACAAGACGGGUGUGACAAACACCACCGCACAGCCACGGAAGGUGAGCGCCACCAUAGUGCCAGAAGAUCCGCACAAGAUCGUGUUCAACUUCUCAAACGUGUUUUCCGACAAGUACGGGGAGAUUGUCUCGUACACAGUGAUCGUGUCAGAGUUGAAGGAUAAUUCUUACAUAUCGGGGGUUGGCAUGCUACCUGGUUGGAAGGAGGCUAGACAGGAUAGGAACAUCAAGACUUACCAGGUUGUCUCCAACUGUACAGACUUCUUUGCCAUAGACUCAACGUGUAACGGCCGUUUUGUGCUCCGUCAAAAGAGAGCUGUUGCUGAAGCUGAUUACAAGAUGUUUGAGAUUGGCUCGGAAACAGGCUGUGAGGACCGUACAUUCUGUAAUGGUCCUCUAAAACCAGACACAACCUACUAUGUGGCCCUUAGGGCUUAUACAACGAUGCAGUUCACGGAUACACCUUUCUCAGAGGCUGUGAAAACUGCUGCCAUCAAAGUGGAAGAACCAGGCACAAACGUUGGUGGAAUAGUUGGAGGAAUUAUUGCAGCCCUGGUUGCCAUAGCGGUCGUUAUCGUGGUAGUGAUAUUUGUACGUCGACGUGGACAGACAAAGAGCAAUAUGUAUCGUCACCAGCCAGGGGAACACAUGGCCAAUAGGCUCUCACUGACAAAUAGGAGGUCAUGUUGUCCUGUGAACUUGGCUGACUUCAAGAACCACAUAGCGUACAUGAAGGCUGACUCUGACUUCAAAUAUGCCGAACAAUUUGAGGACCUGAAGGAGAUAGGGCGUGGUCAGCCAGUGACACACGCUGAGUUACCAUGCAAUAGGGGUAAGAACCGUUUCACGAACAUCCUGCCUUAUGACCACUCCCGCGUCAAGCUCCUCCCUAUUGAUGACGAAGAAGGGUCAGACUACAUCAACGCUAACUAUAUACCGGGCUACCGGUCGAAGAGAGAGUACAUCGUUACCCAGGGUCCCUUACCAGCAACACGUGACGACUUCUGGCGGAUGCUGUGGGAACAAAAUACACGCAACAUCGUCAUGCUUACAAAAUGCAUAGAAAAGGGGAGGGAGAAGUGUGACAAGUACUGGCCGACAGGUUCCGACGCUGUUUUUUACGGUGACCUUCAGGUGGCAGUGUUAAACGAGACGCUGUUUCCUGAUUGGACAAUUACUGAAUUCCGGGUCUCUUUGGGAGAACAGUCGAGGCAGGUACGGCAUUUUCAUUUUACCUCAUGGCCGGAUUUUGGGGUUCCGAAGAAGGAGCAGGUGCUUGUUCGCUUUGUGCGCAUGGUUCGAGAAAAACUCAUUAAAGACGCAGGUCCCAUCAUUGUCCACUGCAGUGCCGGAGUCGGAAGGUCAGGAACAUUUGUCGUAUUGGAUCGAAUGCUGCAGCGUAUCAAGGACCAUGACUCUGUUGACAUUUUCAACGCGGUAUUGGAGCUUCGCAAGCAGCGUGUCUGGAUGGUCCAAACUGAGCAACAGUAUAUCUGUAUCCACAACUGCCUUUUAUGUGUUCUGGAGGGGCGUGAAGAUGAACACGUGUAUAGCAACGUUGGCCACUCUAAUAUUGCAUUUGAAGAUGACGAAGGCGUGGAUUUGAACUAAGAGAUUUCUGGGUCUUUCACUGGCUACUACUGGUCACUACACUAGCCACUAUUGAUCACUUCAGGCCUCUACUGGUCACUCUACUGGCCAGAUUUCAGCAUGUACUAUUUACAUGAACUACUCUGAUUGGCAAGUUUUAUGGACUUAUCAUAAUGGACAAGCCGUAUCGACUCUGACUGAUCACUUGGACUAGUCAUAUUGGACACACCAUAUGGGCUGGACAGAUGUGGACCGUAUUAAAAGCUGCCAGACUACAUGUGAUUUUCUUAGCAUGCCUUGCAGCAGAUCAUUUAUCGUGGUCUAAAUAUUGAUUCCUUUGAUAUAUUGAUUUCUAGUAUAGACAACAGUAGGUUUUAAAAUUUGCUGAGACUAAAGAAAAGGAGAAUAAAUUGCGUGUGGUCAAAGAGAGUUAAUACCUUAUAGGUGGAAAUUAAGGAUGAUUAGUGACAGUUGUUUUAAUUUUGCGAGGUUUUAAUUAUAUUCUCACUUUUUCACGAAUUAUUUCGUGAAUUUUAAAGGUGGUGAAAUAGUCAUUAUACAUGAAUGUAUAUUGAGUCACAAAUAAUAAACUGGCAUAUUGACCAAAAACAUUAAAAUUGCGAAAAAAGGACCUCGCAAAAUUAAUAUAAUUAACAAUAAUUGUUGAACAAAAAAUUAUUGUUUAGAAUAAUUCAUUUUUUUUUACUGUGUGUUCAAUAUACAUAUUUUAAAUUUACUACAUAGCGUUUUUCAUAAUUAUGUUAAGGUGACAAUGAAUUAAUUGCAAGAUUUUCAUUCCUGCCCGCUUUUUUUCACCGCACCAACUCAAAUGAAAAUGUUGAACUAGGGUCUGUAUUGCCUGUCGGUCCAGUACUUCUUGGGAACAGCGUUUAUUCAUACCUUAUUCAGAUUGUCGAUGUUUAAUAUUCAGAUGUAAAAAUGGAGAAUUGUUAUGAUCGUGUUUGUGGUUUGUCUAGAGACACAUGCAUAUGGUCCCUCAUGCAAUAAGAAAGAACAUGAACUUAUUUUCAACAGAAAAACAGUCAUCUAAGAAAAAUAAAAUGCCACCACCCGUCUCCAUUUAAAAAAAUAUAAUUUGGAUGAAAAUCUUGCAAUUAAUUUAUAUUGGCCUUUAUUAUGUAAUGUUUUACUCAUCUUGACUCUGCUUCACGGUGCCUUAAAGAAUGAGGCUCAGAAAGUGCUUAGGAAAGGCUGUUUUGUGAUACAUUAUUUCAUUAAAUCAAAACUUUAUAUUGAUCAUUCCUUAUCAAAAUAUUGUCAGAAUGCAUUUUGUUCUAGCUAAGGCAUUAUAUUACUAUAAGCAACGCUGUAGUGUUGAACAGAUAUCUUGGUGAUUAUGAUUAUACAUGUCGAAGGAUGAAAGCGAAAAGGUUCUAGGUGACAUUAAGUAAAGAAGCAGAUAAAACCUUUUCGCUUUCACCCCUCGAAUUGUAUUUGUGUGAAUAAAUUUGUCUGAUUAUCGGAUUCAGCGUAACAAAAAAUUGUUUAUUUCCGGUUUCCCAACAUACCUUAUUUUUCUGCACCCAACUCUUAUUUUUUUUCCCCACAGACAAAAUAUAUUUGAAUGUUAUUUAUUUUCUCCUUUUGGUUAUUUUGUCUGGAGUUUUUUGCAUAGGAAAGAUUGUGACCAUUUUUAGUGUUAAAAUAAUAUUAUACAUAAUUGGAUUAAAACAAAUUCCUAACCUACUUACCUUUAUUUUAUGUCUGAAAUUGGAAACAAACAUAUUUCUUUUACGCCAUAUUAUAUUCUAUAUACAGAUUUAGUUAGUGCUUAGAUAAAAGGUUAAAUUUGUCUGUUAUUAUGGUGAACAUGAUUUUGAUGGAAAAUUAUUUUAUUUCACAGAUAUAUAUAUGUUUGUGUUCCUAUAACUCUAAUAUUAUGAAGACACAAGUUUCUGCUGCUAUUUUCUGUAAAUAAACUUGUCAGGAAAGUAUUUGAAAAAUACAGAAAUCGUUUAUGUAAAGUUAUUACGAUAUUUGGUUGGAAUCUCAUUUACAUAUUUUUGCAACGAGGAUUUUUUUUUUUUUUUUAAAUAAAAUGAAUAAAUAUAGUUUUUAUUACCUAAAGCUAUAGAUAAAUGUUUAUGUACGUCAGUGUUAUUUUUAUAGAUAAUUGUACAUUUUAUGAUAUAAGAUAUUGUUUAGGUUGUUGACAUUCCAGUUUGACAGUAUUAUAUAAGGGUUGCCAUGGGGAACUUUAAUAUCUAAAUAUAAAUGAGGGCUAUUCCAUUUAACUAUAUAACCCCCGGGGGGAAGGCACUUUUAAAUUAUGCCACCCCCCUAGAGAACCAUGAUUUCCCUUGUGGGGUCCAAAUUAGCGAAAAAGGACACCCACUGAUAUACCGUACUAUUUAAUUAAUUCCGAAUUGGUGCAUUGUGAGCAAAUUUAAUUCCUGCUUUUUUUCUCGCUCUUGACAUGAGAAGUAAAUUUAGACAAUUUUUUCUAGUGAUAUUUAGAUUUAAACUUUUAUAUCUGAAAUAGAUGUCCCAAACCUUGUUAGAAAAUACUGCAUAACACAGGUGUGUCUAUUUUAAUUCCAGAGGAGUGAAGUUUUGAAUGUUAUCUUCCAUGAUGUUUACAUUAUUGAUAAGGCCUAAAAAAAAAAUUGUUUGGUUAGGGUUACAUCCUUUUCAAAAAUAGGUAGGGUAGGUAGGCUUUUUUUUUUAUUAGCUCGUCUGUUUUUCGAAGAAAAAAAGUCGAGUUAUUGUGAUAGCCUUGGCGUCGUCGGCGUCGUCUGCGUCUGCGUCUGCGUCUGCGUCGUCGUCGUCGUCCAAAAACUUUAACCUUACCUCAUAACUCAAAAACCGUUCAACAUUUUCACAUUAAACUUGCUACACGUGUUCCUAUUAACACUAUGCAUGUUUAUAGCAGGUCAUAUAAUUUUGCCUUUAAUUAAUAUUGAGUUAUCCCCCCUUUUCGACUUGGAAUUUCAUCAGACGAGCGUUGGCACCCACUCCGCGGUGCUCUUGUUAUUAUUUUUUUAUUAGGCUUUAUAUAAGAAUGUCAUUUUCAUCAUUGGAGAAUGGUGUUAAAGUUAUCUUCUAUAUAAGCAAUUAAGGUUUUAAACUACAUAUUGAAAAGCAAAAAAAGGAAAAGAAUUUUUUUUUUUUUUUUUUUAGUUUUUCAUUUUUUUUUCCCAACUGACUAUAAAAACGUUUAAGGUCGGCGCCUAUUCCGUAGGUAGGGUCGGGUAACCCGAACCAAAUGUAUUUUUUUUUAGGCCUAACUUUAAAAAAGUUCUGAACUAUUGGCUCAUUAUUAUGUAACUAAGUCCUUCUUUACCCACUGUCAGAACAAAGUGUUAGUUUGAUGUUUUAACAUCCUAUAGACCCAGCCCAAAUGAUCCCAAAAGUUUAACUGUCAAUUAUUCAACACUACUUGCUUUACAUGUGUUACAGAAUGUGUGACAUGGAUAUCGGCAAAUCAUCUCAUAUUACUCACGUUAUUAGCAAUCUCCACAUUCCUCUGAUAUUAAGGUUAAUACAUCGAGUAAUAAUAAUUUAUCACGAUAAUACAUGUACGUGUAUUGAACUUCAUUUUGACCUCUAUACCUUCUGUCAUUGGGAAAAUAUUUUCCAAACUUAGUUUUUUACAUUCCUCAAACUAAGGCCAAGAAAAAUAUAUCUAGUUUUCCAGGCAUAUUAAAAAAUAAAUAAAAAAGGAUGCAGCAGGAUUUGAUUUGAUUUCAAUAUAUUUAAAUUAUUCUUUUCCUUAUUUUUGGUGAAUUUUUAUUACUAAACAACAAAGCGUCACUUAGAUUCUUUUGCAAAUAAGAGCAUAUUGUGGGACAUAUUUAAAUAAUUAUUAAUGAUAGAUAUCUAAAUAUUCAAACUUUUGAUGACGGUCUUUAUCAACGUAACAAGAAUUGCCUUCACAUUUCACACGUAAUGUCUGAAAGAUAAAAUUCUAACGUGUCGAUUGAAAGAAAGAUUGAAGCAUCAUGAUGUAAAAAAGAAAUUUUGUAAUGCCGGAGAAAUUACAUAUUAUUUUUAUUUGGCCUUAUUACUUGUGACCAGAAGGACCCAUUAUGAUAUACUAGUAGAUUCUCAACAAAUCUUGCCUUAUGUACAAAAUUGCUGUUUGAUUAUUUUUAUGCUUUAAUAUCUUUUCAGGUAAAAUGAAAACUUUUCUUUGAACUAGUCAGCUGCUAUUUACAUACAAAUUUGUAAUCCAUACAUUAUACAUACUGAGGACUCAGUGCAAGACUGUCAUAUCACCAUUUAUUCUAUAUUAAGUUACAACGGUUUUGCACUCAGCCUGAGAUUACGUUUCUACUUUUUUCCCAGGUAUUUUUUUAACACAUGAAUGGGCAUUGUACAUGUUUGUUUUUUAUUUAUCUUUCAACAUACAGUAAUUAUAUACUUUGAUCUAAUAUUUGUUCAUAUGUCUAAUAAUAAUAAUUUGCUGAUUGGUUUCAAAUUGCUUCUAUGAGCCAAAUUGUUUUGUAUGAAAUAAAUCAAGGAAAUAUGUAACCCCUGUCAUUUAUACAUGGUUACAAAAUUAUAUAUUUUUAUAGAAUACAAUAAAACUAGUCAAACUUAUUGAAACAGAUGAUUUUCAAACUGUUUGGUUAUCUAAUAUUUUAUUUUUAAAACAGUAUUUUCGGAUGUGUGUGCUAUAGCUACAGUUAAUUCUACAUAAAAUAUUCAUUUGUUCUUAUCAAAAUCAGUCAAAAUACACGCAAGUUUAUAACUGUUCUGACAUAAUAAAUUUGAUGAGAGACAAAUAUUUGGACUUAAGGCUACAGUAUGUUACAAAUAAAAAAACCUUUGUCUUUUUUUUUGGAGAAAAAAAUUGUAUUGUCAAAGUGUUUUGUCCCAGUGGUUGGCAAUUUUUUUUAACCUAGAACAUCAUCAAAAAACAUUUAUGAUAUUCAAAUAAAUCAUGAAACACAUGUUGGCAGAGACAACUCUGGCUUUAAUUAUUAUUGAGUUAUGCCCCUUUUUGGACUGAAAAUCAACAGAUGAGGGUUGGCAUUUGCUCUGUGACAUUCUUGUUAAAAAAUACAUACACUUCAAUAAACACACCUAUGAUUGUUUUAGAUCAGUGUUGUAUAUUCAAGGUUGUAUAUGUUUUUAUGUUUGUAUAUGUUUUUGUUUGUUGUAUAUGUUUGUAUGUGUCUGUUGUAUAUGUUUGUGUUUGUUGUAUAUGUUUGUACAUGUUUGUAUAUGUUUGUCAAAUGGUGCUGUAAGUAAAGUAUAUUUUAAGUAAAUUGUACCGAACAGUUUAUUAUAAUUGUAGAUAUGCAAAGUUUGGAAAUUUGAUAGUACCAAAUGUGUAUAAAUCUAGACAUAACAAGCUCCAUAAGUUCUUGGUCUUAGAUAUACUUUACAUCUUUUGAGUCAUAUGUGUGUACAAAAAAAUCCAGUCAGAACUGCCACCCCUGGACAAAUUCUGCACCCCAAAUGUUUUUACCAAGUUUGAAAUAAUUUCCUCAUGCAUUCAAACUAUAAUCUUCUCUGACAUUUCUGAGAGAAAUAAUUUUCUCAUAUGUUGAAACUAUCAUCUGUGAUGUUUUUGAGUAUACAUGAUCUUAAUUGUACAAAAUGUUAGGAUAAAAAAUAUGUGGUAAAUAGCUAUUCGAAAAUGGCAUGUAAGGUUAGAUAUAAUGGGGGGCUUUGUCUGCCUACAAGAUAAAAUAAUUGCAAAUACAUACUUAUACAAUAUACGUAUUUUAUAGGCAUUAACAAUAAACAUACAAAAACAUGCAUCGUAUUUAAUGAUUCUUUUGAUAGGACCUUGUUUGAUCAUGCACUGAUGCAGGUUGUUAUGUCUGGGCAUAUUUGUUUGUUGCCGUGCAGUUGUUACCGAUAUUUCAAGAGAUAGUCAUAAUUACUGAUAUUGAUUGAUACAGCAAUUCUAUAUUUUACUAAAUAAACAUGUUGUGUGAAAAGUU